CUUUCUUUUGUUUUCUUUCAUAUUCACACUCCCGAGACGGUGACAAGUGCGAAUCAAGGUGCUCUCGAUCAUUGUAUACACACUUGUCGAUCACAGCACUGCAGUACCUACCUACUUAGCGUGUGUAAAACAAACUGAAACGAAACAAAGUGACUCCCCGCGGGGAGUUUACCUUGCCGCGGGUGUGGGUGCGCGAUAACGAUUUCGUGUAUUCUGUUGUCAAGUGCACGAUCCGAGAGGACCUUUAAACGCCACCGCGAGUGAUUGAACGAUGAUUUUUAUCUCGGGAGAUAGAGUUAUAGUUGUUGGCGGUGUACGUGCGCGCGCGAGUUCGCGGGCCGUUGAUAAUGACAUGUACUGCCGGUUAUCGAGAUUAUUGUAAAAAAAGGGGAAAAAGAUGCUUUUUGGAGAGAUGCCGGCAUGAACGAUAGCGGGGAGCACGGGUUCGCCGACAUGGAGAACGAGGUCGAGAUUAUCGCCAAGUUGUCAUCGAAGCAGCAUCAGACGCCGAGCCGGGGCCGAUCGGGUUCGCGGGAGGGAAGUGUGGGCAAGAGGCCGCGCUCGAGCCGGCCGCACGAGACCGAGGAGGAGGCGAUCAUCCGGCGGUUCCACGAUGCCCAGCGCAUGGCGAGGUUUCGGGCGCGCAGGAAAAAGGCCCUCGAGGACCAGCAGCUGCAACAUAACGGGCGCGACGACUCGGAGUCGGAGGGUCGGCCGGAGGGGGGUAGCCCGGAAACGGAGAGCAAGUAUGCCCAGCUAUUGGCGAUAAUCGAGGGGAUCGGUCGAGACGUGAGGUUGUCUUACGCGGGUAGUCGGAGUUCGGCGGAACGGCUCAAAUGCGGCAUCGUCAGGGCAAGGAGUUUGGUGCGCGACUGCCUGAUAGAGACGAGCCUCAAUCUCAGGCAGUGAAUCAUUACAUAUAUAUAGUUGGCCAUACUUGUCGGGUUCGUGAAUAAAAAUUAAAGGUUUUGCGGA